UUUUAUCAAUCCUAAAAAUAUAGUUUCAGUGAGGUAUAUCUGUUUCAGUCAGUUUAAUUACAUAAUUAUUACGUAAGGUGUUUAGUGUGUAUUAACGACUGAAUAAUGUAUCAAUCCUUCUGUGAUCUUAAGAAAAGAAUUACAUUAAGUACUUGUUAUAUCUUCCAUUGUUUCUCUCUGUAAGAAUUUGUGAUUUGAACAUUAUAAAUUUAAUCGCGACAAACGGAAAUUUAUCAAUUCUACUUGUAGAUUAAAAUAUACGCUCUAUUUUAAGAAUUAUUUUUUGUGAUUGCUAUUCUUAAUAUAUUCUAAAUUAAGGUGGAAUUUUGAAAAGAUGCGGGUGUUAGUGAGUUUCUAUGCUGUUUAAAUAGUUCUAUCAACCAACCAAUCAGAAGCAGGUAGAUUGGUGGUUUACACGACAUAUCUUUAGGGUAUUUUUCCUUUUGCUGUUGCAGAUGUCAUCUCGAAAUUUAGAAAAAUUCAUGUAGGUUCACUGAUUUGCAUAACUGGUUUUAUUCUGCGGUUUGCUACAAAUGCCAACCAAAUGUAUAGUGAAAGGCUGUCGGUCCCUUCAGAAGAAAGGUGGACCGAUUAGCUUCUACCGUCUGCCAUGGAAAAAUAUCCAUUUAAGAAAUGAGUGGAUGCGACGAGCUGGCUAUGACCCAAAUAAUUACGAAGAAGUAAAGCACAUAAGUCGUGACCAUCGGGUGUGCAGCAGGCAUUUCUGGAACAACCGUAAGGAAAGUCCUUAUGAUCUCCCAACGAUUUACCUUGGAAAUGACCCUGAAAAAUUAAAAAAUCGAUCCGUAGUCAAAGAUCGAAUGGAAGUGUAUUUCGUUAUCUUGUAUUUUGACUGCGAGAAAUGAAAAACUAUGCCAGCAAAUGAACUGAUGCUCUCAUGUGAACACAUAUAAUUAAUGUGGUGUUCGUGGUUCUGAUGAUUGACAAGAAUUGCUUUUUCUGUAUAUAAUGUGAACGUUUUCAUUUUUUAUUAGUCUCUCUGAAAACCCCUAAAAAAAAAAAAAAAGAGAGAAAGAAUCUCACCAAAAUGUUUUCUGCAGCAAUUUUUGAAGCAAUU